AUGUCUGCCAUAUAUACUUCAGAUAUCAAACAUCAUAGGAAAGCCCCUGCCCCACCCACACCUACGAGUAAUUUUACCACCGCCAAAAGACGAAGUGGGUGGGUUAACUUGAAAGAUGACGGGAUUUUAUCAUUCAGAUGGACUAAAAGGUUCAUGAUCAUUAAUGAUAGAACCAUAAACUUUUAUAAAUCUGAAAAUACUAGUGAAUCACCCGAAAUACUGUUCCCAUUAAAUUUGAUCCAAUCAAUAAAUUUAAAAGAUCUUAAAGGUUAUGGGAUUGAAAUAGUCCCCAAAAAUAAAGAGAAACCAAUUUUGAUCAGUAUCAAAUCUAAUAAUGAAUAUUUGGAUUGGUUGGAUUCGUUUAUCACUAAAUGUCCAAAUAUCACCAUAAAUAAUAAUCCAAACACAACUACCACAGAAGUUUCAAAUCCUAUAGAUUUCACUCAUAAGGUUCAUGUUGGUUUUGAUCCGAGCAGUGGGAAUUUCACUGGGUUACCUGAUACUUGGAAGAAUCUUUUACAAAAUUCGAAAAUUACUAAUGAAGAUUGGAAGAAAGAUCCAGUGGCUGUAAUGGAAGUUUUAGACUUCUAUAUGGGUACACCCAAAAACAAUACCAAUGGUUUCCAGAAUUUGGUUCAACCUCCAAAGAAUUAUAAACCUACAAGAAGUGCUCCAAAACCACCAAUUCCUUAUCAUUUAUCUAAACAAAAUGAUUCGAGUUCCAGCGUAAAUUCAAAGUCUAGUGACACUCCUCCUGCUACUUCUAAUAUUAAUGGUGGUCAGAGUGGUAUUUCACCAUUGAACAAUUUACAAUCUAAAGAGUUAAAACCUAUCAGAAAGGCACCAGCACCUCCUAAUGUUCCUAAACAACAACCUCCUAACUUACCAGGUAUGAAACAGUUCAACCUUAAGAAACCUACACAACCUCCACAUCAACCACCUCCACCUGCCCAAUCACAUUCCAAUCAAGUAUCACAUCAACAAGUUCAAAAGCUUCCACCUCAACAACAGCAGCAACAUCAACAAAUACCUAAACCAAUUCAUACCAACCCUAUAACUACCAACCAACCUCCAAAGACCUUAAAACCUCAACAAGUUGGUAUCAUACCUAAACCAACAGACCAAAGACCUAUGAAUGAUGAGAUUUCUCCAUUGACUGUUAAGAAAACUCCUAAGCAAAUCAAAAGGGAAAAGGAAAAACUUAAAGAACAACAAGUUAUUAGUAAAUUAAAAACCGUUGUUAAUAAUGAAGAUCCAACCCCAUUAUUUAAGAUCAUUGAAAAGGCAGGUCAAGGUGCUUCAGGGUCAGUUUACUUGGCUAAAAAUUUGAAUAAUGAAAAAGUUGCAAUCAAACAAAUGGACUUACUGGUUCAACCUCAUAAAGAUUUAUUAAUUAAUGAAAUUUUGAUCAUGAAAGAUUCCCAACAUAAAAAUAUCGUCAAUUUCUUGGAUAGUUAUCUUCGAAAUGAUAAUGAUUUAUGGGUUAUUAUGGAAUAUAUGGAAGGAGGAUCAUUAUAUGAAGUUAUUGAGAAUAAUGAAUUUAAAUUAUCCGAAGCUCAAAUCUCAGUAAUUUGUAGGGGAACAUUGCAAGGAUUACAACAUUUACAUGAAAAGAACAUUAUUCACAGAGAUAUUAAAAGUGACAAUGUUUUAUUAGAUUCCAAAGGUAAUGUUAAAAUUACUGAUUUCGGAUUCUGUGCUAAAUUGACCGAACAAAGAGCCAAAAGAGCUACCAUGGUGGGUACUCCUUAUUGGAUGGCUCCUGAAGUUGUUAAGCAGAAGGAAUAUGAUGCUAAAGUUGAUAUUUGGUCAUUAGGUAUUAUGACCAUUGAAAUGAUUGAAGGCGAACCUCCUUAUUUGAAUGAAGAACCAUUAAAAGCCUUAUACCUCAUUGCAACCAACGGGACACCGAAAUUGAAAAAUCCGGAAUUAUUGAGUAAUAAUAUUAAAAAGUUUUUGUCUAUUUGUUUAUGUGUUGAUGUAAGAUAUAGAGCAACAACUGAUGAAUUAAUGAAACAUUCAUUUAUAACAACAAGUGGAGAUGUUGAUGUUUUGUUCCCGUUAUUUAAUUGGAAAAAGGAGGAACAUAAUAAUUGA